GAAUUGGAAAAAUUUAGGGACUUCUAAAACAAUUAAAAGAUCUUGGUUGAGAGCAGCCCUGGCUAAAAGCUACAACCUGCAACACAAAUCCGCCGCUGCUCCACCGUGCCUCCACCAGCCCCCGCGACCGCUACAGUAGAGGCUUAAGUGGCUGAUAUUUAUCACUGCGGGGCUUCGAGUGUGUGGGCAUUGUACUGUUAAUUCAACAAUCCACUAUCUCAACCCUGCAAUAAAAAGUCAGUGCAGUUGGUUUAACUGCGAUGGCUGCUUCUGCUAAAAUCCUAACUGUUGACAACCAUACACGUGAUGGAGAAUGGACAGUUGUUUUACCCCGUCGUGGCAAACAGAGGAGAAAGUUUCCUAAGCUCAUGACCCCAGAAGAACAGCAACAGCAACAGGGGCAAUGGGUUCCGGAGGAUCUUGAAUCUGAUUCAAACAGGCAGUCUAAGUUGAUAGAGAAGAUGAAGAUUUCUAUGAAGAAAGUAGAGAAUUCUCAGUUCUUUCGGACCCUUUUGGAACAAAUCCGGACUCCAGAAGUUUUGGGCUCUUUUCAGAAGGUUCUGGGCUCGGAGUUAAAAAUGCAGAUGGUAAUAUAUGGUAUUGGUAGUAUUGAAUCAUAUGAAACCCCUCGAAUCCAGCUGAGCGCUGCAAUCUUGAUGAAAAAUGAGUUUAGUUGGAUUGGGGACAUAGAGGUUUUUGAUCCAAUUCUUUCUGCUACAGAAUCUUGUGUUUUGGAAGCCCUUGGUUGUUCUGUUCUAUCUGUAAAUGAGCAUGGUCGUCGUUGUGCUGCAAAGCCAACUCUAUUUUACAUGCCGCAUUGCGAGGCAGAGUUAUACAAUAAUCUUCUUCAAGCAAACUGGGACAUGGAGCUGUUGAAUUGUAUUGCAUUAUUUGGAAAUAGCUUUCAGGUGUAUCGAUACUUUUCCGAGUUUAGGAACUCAACUAUUGUUAAUUCAUCCAGGUAUAUUAUGUCUGUUCGAGAAUUCACUUGUGAGUAUAAAAUCAAGACAGAUUCAGAUGACUAUUUUGCCGCAUUUCAUGAUUCAAGUUGGCAUUUUUUCAGCCCUGAUCAAAAGACAGAGCUGCAUUUGCUUAAAAAUUGAUAUUAUCAUGUAAUUUGUUAGAAACUAUAUAUUUAUUCAGACGGAAUAUUUAUUUUGAACAAUUCAUUGAAAAGAGUA